GACAAAGCCCGUGCAGGCUAACGCUAUGUUGUUAGCAUCGUAAGAAGUCCACUUCACCUUGGACACCGCACAGCGUCGGGCUGGCUCGUGAGCCGGAGAGUUUGUAAUGCUUUGCAAACCAGCCGCACUUUAAUGAACUGGCUGUUGUUCUCCGGUUAGCGGUGCCGGUAGCUCAGCGAACCGGUAGCUCGGAGAGCUAGUUAGCUUUCCACGGGGAGAGCCAGCUGCGCGUCGGUGGGCGAUGAGAAGAAGAGCGACACCGUGAGCAUGACAUGGGCAGAUUAAGGUGGGAUCUGAAGAUGCAGAACAUUCAGGUGGAGCGAUAAGGAGGGGGCUCCAAGGGCCCCACGACUCCUCUGCUGUGGAGAACGCGUCAGCAUGUUGAGGACCGCAAAGAUGGAGCUGCUCAGAGCCCUCGUCAGCCAGCGCUUGUCUGCGGCCGCCGAGGAGAUCUUCAGGAUAGUAGAAGGAACCAUUGUAGAAUAUGAAAACAAAAUGUCCUGUUCGACGUGGGUGGUGGACAGCCACCGCAGACUGCUGGACGUUACCAAGUCACACAGCGAAGAUGUGACGUCGGAGUGCAGCAAGCAGCAGCAGCCCGCUGCCAGCGUGGACGUCAGUGUGUGCUGGGAGGAGCCAACUGAGGACUGUCCUGACAUCAACGACUCCUCCCCUGCCAGUGAAAAAGACCUGGAGAUACGGGUCGAUUUCAAAGAUGACGAUGUGAAGCAGGAGUGUGACCUGGACACGCUUUUGAAAAUCCCAGAGGGGAAGAAACCGUUCGAAUGUCCCGUUUGCUUGAGCGGUUUCUCUUCCAAAAAGACAAUGGUGCAACACAUCAAAAAGCAUCCGGAGGACAAUUCGUCGCUUUACCGGUGCCAGUAUUGCGACCGCUGCUUCCGCCGCAAGUCUGAAUUCAUUCUUCACACCAGAACACACAAAGGCGCCAAGCCAUACAAGUACCGAGACUGUGAGAUAAGCUUUGAUGAGAGGGACAAUCUGCUUAUUCACAGACAAAAACACGCCGUGGCGGAGGCAGAAAUUCUCCUCAGAUCAGACUGCAGACAGGAGGAAGAGACAUUGCCACUUACUAUCACUCCCUUUGAUAACAGUGAAUUUCAUCAGGAGUCUCUACAGCCCCUGUGUCUAUACCAAAUCCAGACUGUUGCCGAUAUAGAUAAAGACUCCUCAGCUGCAGUUCCAGUUGACCACAUUAAAACCGAGCCAGCUGGAGCUGAUGGUGGAGUGUCAGACGGUACCACGGUUGACCAGUUGCUGCUUUCAGUGCACCCAAGUGAACAGGGGGAAAGGGAGACCGAGCCCAAUCGUCUUAACGUGAAAAAUAUCCUGCCGAGAAGACCUUCAGGAAAACCCACCAUCGUUCAGUUUGAAGCAGGAACGGCGCAGAAACCCUUCAAGUGUCCUUGUUGCGCCAAAUGUUUCUCCUUGACCAAGACUUUAACAAGACACGUACGGAUCCACACAGGGGACAACCCGUACCAGUGCCAGUUCUGUGGGAAGAACUUCUGUCAGAAGUCAGACUUGGUCAAUCACACGAGGAUACACACAGGAGAGAGACCUUACCAGUGCCAAGAAUGUCGCAAAUCAUUCAUGCAGAAAGGCCACAUGGUGGUUCACAUGAGGAAACAUAAAAGACAGAAACCGUAUCAGUGCCAGGAGUGCAGCUGUAGCUUUACCAAGAGGUCAUACUUUGACUGUCACAUGCAGAGCCACAGAGUUUGAGGAAUUCACAGCUUUGUCCUCCAGGCUGGGUAUCGAACCUCAAUACUUUUUGAGACGUGUUUGUAGCAAGUCAAUUCGAGUGCUGGAAUUUGAAUGCCAAUCAUAAUCUUGUUUACCUAUUCUUUGAUCACAUAGUUUUGAUUGAAAUCAAAAGUGUUCCACUUAACAAACUCGCCACGAUGUCCAUCGGUAAAAUACUCUCCCAUCCUCCCGUUGCCUGGCAAGCCGUGUCUACGUUCCAUGGCAAACAUGCCGCUGUAGAGUGCCAUUCAUUCCAUGGCAGGGUGUCACCGUAAGACGGUGCUAAGCACGGUCUCGCAUGACGACGACACACGGUGCACUGGAGAGUCGUGUUUGUUUAGUUUCGGCCAUGGUUUGUACAGUAACGCAAAACACCCGCUAACCCACAUUUUCCGUCAUCGGUAGGAAAAAUCACCAAUCAUUCCCACGAAUGACUCUGCAGUAGUCGGGGGGUAUUUAUCGUCUCCAGCUCCGAUUGGCAGCGUUGGAAACGUGGCACCCUAAUUUUCGCCCCCUUUUUUCCUGUGUGAUGCUUUAUGUCACUUCCCGUCAUGCACGGUGAAAUAAAUAAAUAAGGAACUAGAAAGGAGCAAGAUUAUGAUUCUGGCCAAGACAAACUUCUGCCACUGCUGUAAAUGUAUGAAUAAAUGCAUCCCGCAAUUGGCUAACCAGUGUGUUUAGCAGUUCCGUUAGCUGUUAGUUUUGUGGUCGGCUGUAGCUCAGAGUGGUCGUCCCGUAACCACAAGGUACCCGGUUCCCCAUAGUUGAAUGUUGAAGUGUCCUUGAGCAAGACACUAAAGUUGUUGCUCCGGGCACUUCACUGCAGGCCACUGCUCCUUAAUAACUAAGGAUGGGUUAAAUGCAGAUCAUUAAUCACAUAAUUUAAACUGAAUUAACCCUAAUUUAUCCCUCACAUUUCUCUUGAAUGACUUUGAAGUUCAACAAGUAUGUGAGUCAAUUGAGAAAAAUAUUUCAGGGCAAAACUAAAUAACAUCUCCUCCCAACAGGAAAUUGGCCAGUUUUGAAACCAAUGUCAGCCACUCCCCUGCCUCCCUUGUGUUUCCUGAUUGUUCAUGCC